AUGCCAAAUAAGAGUGAGCAGGAAAGUGGUAUCCCGGUAUUGGGUCUGGAGGACGGACGAUUCUACUCAUACCACGUGACUGCUCUCGUCACUAUUGGCGCCAGUCUGUCCUGUGUCAUCGCCAUAUUUUGGGUCUCCUUUAGAUCUCAUUCCUACAAAUCGUUCUUCCUAUGGACAGUAAGUGAUAGGUUUGUCGUGUACCUGGCGACAUGUGAUGGACUUUUUAACCUGACACACGUGCUGGACCACGUACAGAUGGUAGUCACCAAGUCCCACGUGUAUCCAAAAGGUCUUUGUGUUUUUUACGCUUUUUUGAUUGUUGUGUUCACCACUGCGCAGGCGCUCUUGGUGCUGGUCAUCGCGCUGAACUCCUUUAGUCUUGUUAUUCUGGAAAAAACAGUGAAAUUUGGGGCAUACGAUUGGAGACUGCUGAUUUUUAUGUUUGGAAUUCCAACAGCAGAAGCUUCUGUAGCCGCUUUCUUAGGCCAGCUUGGACCUACCGGUUCUUUCUGCGGUAUUCCUGGGAAGAUUGCUCUCAUGGUGAUGGCAACUGUCCCCGUGAGUCUCAUUCUGGUGGUCACGUGUUCUAUUUACGUUUUCAUCUGGUGCCGUGUUCGAUGGGAAAUCGGUCAGCUUCAGUUGUCCAAACAGUCUCAAAGCUGGCGACAUAGUCACAAUGCCGCCAAAAUAAUGACGCUGUUCGUCACGGCGUUUGUGGUACAAUGGACGCCGAUCUCAGCCAGUGGUAUCAUAUCAUUUUUUGGAGAUGUUCCUGUGGUGCUGGAUUACUUGGUGAUAACGUGUACAAACAUGGGGGGAGUUUUUAACGGACUGGCGUUUUUCGUUAUACAGAUCAUGCGAAAACGACAAAAAAAUCGCGUUGUACAACCACAGGUAGUCUUGCUUAACGCUGAAACUGUUAAACCAAAAUAAUA